GUCAUCCGAAUGUAUUGAGAUAUCAGGCCGGGGAUUUCACUUGAGUAGGUUUUAUUCUCUAAGUUCUUUCCAUUAGACUGACUGAAGGGAGUUUGUUUGUACCAAAGCUGUGCGACUGAUAGAAUUACGCGUAUUAGGCUGCCAUCGGUCCUCCCCUGGAAGAUUUUUUGCUAUCAUUGAAGUAUUAGUCGUCUCUUCGAUUGCCCAUCGAAGCAUGCCAUGCCGCCGCUUUAUCUUCGAAGAUUUCGUGUUUUUCUGGAGCACGGUCGAUAAAGAUGCCUCGGAGACUCUAGUAAAUAACCAGCAAAAAUGACGAGAAUCAGGACUGCUUAACCAAAUGGCGACAGGAUUGUGCGAAAAGAGACAACCACGGCGUCCAAGUAAAGAACGUGAAAAUUUAGUUCGCUUUGCUUUGAGUGGGCUUUCCUGUAUGUGCGCAGCAACUGUUACAAAUCCUAUAGAUGUAAUUAAGACUCGCAUGCAACUUGAUAAUGAAUUGGGCUCCCAACAUGAAAGCAGAAACAUAUUUCAUAACCGUUACUACCGUGGUUUGGUUCGAGGGGCAGCAAGAAUUGCUCAUGAGGAAGGUAUACGUGGUCUGUAUAAAGGUAUAACUCCCUCACUGAUGAGAGAGGCCAGUUACAGUACACUGAGACUAGGCUUGUAUGAACCUCUUAAAGAGUGGUUUGGAGCAACAGACCCCGCCCACACACCUCUAUGGAAAAAGGUCUGCUCAGGAGCAAUUGCUGGAGCAAUUGGAAGUGCCAUAGCUUGCCCUACUGAUGUGGUAAAGAUCCGUUUAAUGGCACUGCCAUCUGGAAAUCAAUGGCAGUAUAAACACACACUUCAUGCAUUUCAAGCAAUUGUUGCCAGUGAAGGAAUUCGUGGACUUUGGACAGGUGUGAGUACUACAGUGAAACGGUCAGCACUUGUAUCAGCUACAGCUGUGUCUUCAUAUGAUCAUGCAAAACAUACUAUAUUGAAUGCUGGAAUUCUCCAGGAAGGACCUGUUUUACACAUAAUGGCUUCCUCCAUAGCGGGAUUUGUGACAAACUGUGUCUCAUCACCAAUAGACAUGGUGCGCACCAGGUACAUGAAUCAAAAGAAGGAUUGCAACAAGAAACCGCUGCUCUACAGAGGAACAAUAGACUGUAUAACAAAGACGGUUCACAAAGAAGGACUGUUUGGUCUUUAUAAAGGGUUUAUACCAAAUUGGACAAGAACUGGAACUCACACAGUUGUAACAUUCUUUGUUUUUGAACAGUUGAGGGCUUUUGUGGGGUUGAAGCCAAUAUAACUAAUAUAUUACAGCUCACUAAUACUUAAGGGAAUAAGCUUGGUGCAGUGUGGAGUAUUCAAAUAACCUUUGAAACAAAGUGAAUAUCUCAUAAUUUAAGACGUUUUCGCAGUUAGAGAAAAACUGGAGAUGCUCUUAGGGUGCUUACGUAGAUAGUGCUAGCAACAUGCACAGCAGCCAUACCACUUAAUUAAAAAGAAAAACAAAAAAGAAAUUAUCGAGAAGCUUGGAUUCUAAGCUCCAGAGUAAGAUUAGGGUGGGGAGGGAGGGUUUGGGCGAAGAGAUUUGGAGAGAGAGAAGGGGCAACUCAUCGACAGACCUCAAGAGUUUGCUAGGUAGGAUUAGUUAUGGCUUCGUUCAUAGAUCUCUGAUUGCCAUUUUAACAUUAUUCAUGUAAUUUUGCCUACCUUGCUUCGAUAAAAUGUUUUUUUUUUCUUUAUUGAACUUACACUCAGAAGCAAAGUUUAUUUGCAUGCACGUAAAAGAAUAAUACUAGUGCUGGACGUUUUUAAAGAGGUGUUGGACAUUUCUCAGCAUCCCGUCUCACUCCGAUUUUUGUAAAUGACAGCAAAUUUUGCAUUUUGUUGUUCACUAUGUGAACACUUCUAUUCAUUUGUAAUUUAGGUUACGCUUUUCAUUGUCAAGGGAGCCUUAAAAAGUCUGUUUGACACAGAUUACUGUCAUGAACUAAAUGUUGUGUUCGAUUCUUACAUUGCAGAUAUACUCGACUGCAAAAAACUUGAAGCCUAAAAAACAUCCGCAAAGAACAAUGAGACCCAACGGCUUUAUGCCUUCAAAGACGUGAUCCACCUACCUUCAUCAGCAAGAACCCUAAACUCUAAGCUAACCCCAAGCAAAAGUAAAGCACAGAUUAUGUAACUGUGCGAACAUUCCCAUAAAGCCGUUGGGUCUCACCGUAGAUCCUGCUUUUUAGGUGUCAAGGUCUUUUGCAAUCAAAGUUAUUAAUUUACCUAUUUUGUAAACGGGAAGUCGUAUUUUUGCUGCGUAAUUUUAGGCUUUGAUAGUUGUAGUGCGUGGAAACCGAUAGGGUCGAAUGGUCUGAGACGUUACGUUGCCCAUCUACCAUCGGUUUUAGAGUCUGACAGUCUUGGUUUCCUCUCGGAAUUGCGUUUAUGGAAAACGUGACUAUUAGUUGCAAGUAAAUAUUUUGUCCCACAUUUUUGUCUUCCCCGAUUGUCUGAUACGAGACAUAGCCAUGAAAUAAUAGACAUCUUUCCCUUGAAAAUAUUGCCACACGUCAACUAAAACACUUUUAAUAUUGCUGCUGCGUAAGUCAGAUUAAAGUGAUUACGUCUUCUUGUUA